AUGACGGAGUUCCGGCCUAUUAGUCUUUGUAACGUCAGCUAUAAGAUUAUUUCAAAAUUGCUAUCCAAACGGCUAAAGAGAGUUCUUCCUGAUCUUAUUUCGGAGACUCAAUCUGCGUUUGUGUCACGGCGGUUAAUCACUGACAAUAUUUUACUAGCGCAGGAGAAUUUCCAUGCCCUUCGGACAAACACUUGUGCUAGAGAAAAUUUCAUGGCUAUCAAGACGGAUAUGAGUAAAGCGUAUGACAGGGUAGAAUGGAGUUUUAUUCGAUCCCUGCUGCUGCGUUUGGGUUUUGCGGAAAAAUUGGUCGACCUUUUGAUGUUUUGUAUCACAUCGGUCUCCUAUCAAGUGAUAAUUAAUGGAGAACCAAGGGGUAAAAUUACACCCACGAGAGGACUGAGACAGGGUGAUCCUUUGUCCCCUUUUCUUUUUAUUAUGUGCACUGAAGCUCUGAUCUCCCUUCUUAAAGGAGCGGAGGAAGAGAAGCGCAUCUUGGGAUUACGAGUUGCCCGAGCCAGUCCCCGGGUCUCACACCUUCUCUUUGCGGAUGAUAGCCUUUUCUUUUGUAAAGCAGAAGUGAGUCAGUGUAAGGAAAUUCUAGGUAUUCUAGACACAUAUGGAAAAGCCUCGGGACAACAACUCAAUGCAGCAAAGUCCUCUAUUAUCUUUGGGAAUAAGAUUGACCAUAGCGUUAAACAAAAUUUAAAAGGAGUUAUGGGGAUCACUACUGAAGGAGGCAUGGGAAAAUAUCUUGGACUUCCGGAGCAAAUGUGUGGAUCUAAGAUGAAAGUUUUCUCUUACGUACAAGAUCGCCUCAAUGGAUGUGUUAACUCGUGGUCGGCCAGAUUACUCUCGAAAGGAGGAAAAGAAGUCCAAAUUAAAUCCGUGGCGCAAGCUGUGCCGACAUACAGUAUGUCGUGCUACUUGCUUCCACAAGGCAUUAUUGACAAAUUAGAGAGCGCAGUCUCAAACUUUUGGUGGAGUUCGAGCCAAAACAACCGAGGAUUACACUGGAUUGCAUGGGACAAGAUUUGUGUUCCACACGAUCAAGGUGGACUCGGCUUCUUAGAUUUACAUGCCUUUAAUAUUGCAUUGUUAGCAAAACAACUAUGGAGAUUGAUACAGUUUCCUAAUUCCCUCCUUGCCCGAGUUUUAAGAGGACGAUACUAUAACCGAUCAAGCCCUUUGGAAGACCGCAAGGUAUACUCACCAUCUUAUGGAUGGCGUAGUAUUAUGGCAGCAAAACCGCUACUAAAAGCGGGUCUCCGAAAGACUAUUGGGGCAGGAUUAAACACUUUUGUUUGGACGGAGCCUUGGAUUCCAGAUAUUGACGCUCGACCUCCGAGACCGUCUGGUCGAGUUACAUAUAGACACCCAAAACUACUUGUUCACUCCUUCAUUAGGCGAGAUACAAGGGAUUGGGAUACUAAUCUUUUACUGGAACAUUUCCACCCGGAAGACAUUCCACUUAUACUUAAACUAAGGCCAAGCAACACAUGGUCUAUGGAUGGUUACGCAUGGAAUUAUACAAAGUCGGGCACUUAUACGGUAAAAUCAGGAUAUAAUCGACUACAGGAGAUUAAGGCGUGUGAUGCUGAAGCCCAGACUCUACAACCAAGUAUCACUGGUUUACAGAGCCAUGUGUGGAAAAUCAACGCUCCCGGAAAGAUGAAACAUUUUAUGUGGCAAGCUUUGACGGGAUGCAUUGCCACGACCGAAAGACUCGCUUAUAGACACUUGGGCACCGAUAGGAGCUGUCCUAGAUGCGGUGAUCCUGAGGAAACCAUUAACCAUCUUCUUUUUGAAUGCCCACCUGCCAUCCAGGUGUGGGCUUUAUCGGACUAUCCGUCCCUUCCGGGUUACUUCCCGAGUACCUCUGUUUAUCAAAACAUGAACUUCCUCUUCUGGAAGAAGAAAAACGUGGCCUAUAUGGAACCACUUAUUGAGACCUUCCCAUGGAUCUUAUGGUACAUUUGGAAGGCACGGAAUGAUAAAGUUUUCAAUGGAAAAGAAGUAUCACCAGUUGACACUCUUCGGCUAGCUUCCAUCGAAGCUGAAUGCUGGAGAGCAGCAAACCUACCUCAGGAGGGAGAGGAAGAAGAAGCACAAUCUGCUCACUUACUUAGCUCGCAUAUCCAUGUAGACCUCCAACGCCCGACCUGCCAAGUCGAUGCGUCAUGGAUCGAUAAUGGCACGGUCAGUGGAUUAGGGUGGUUCUAUAAGGAUCAUAUGGGAGUAGAGAGAUUUGGACUACAAGGAUGCCGUAAGAGCCUAUCUUCUCUCCAUGCAGAGAUGGAAGGGCUUAUAUGGGCGAUGUCUUGUUUAAGAGAGUUUUCCUGCGACGUGAUUCAUAUGGAGACGGACUGCUCCGAUCUCGUGGACAUGAUUGCUAACCCAACCGACUGGCCGGCUUUCAAUUCUGAGCUAGUCUCCUUCCGGCUCAUACGAGCUAGGUUUUCGGAUUUCAGUAUUUCUCACAUACCCAGGAGCAGAAACACGCGUGCAGAUUCCCUUGCCAAAGAGGCGAGAUGUAGUGGUGUUCUAUUUACCCACAUAGAUCAGACCCAGCCGGACAGAGCGUUUCUUCGGAACCACUCAAGACCGACUACCACUUGA